AUGAUAUUGUAUAUACUCAUUUUCACAUCGUUUGUAACAAUACACUCAUAUCGCAAUUAUACUCACAUUCCCAACCUUCAACAAUUUACCACUAAACUUGAUCUAACUAAAGAGCCUGUAACUUUAAUUAACUGUGAUACUGAAUUUCAAGGCCAUAUCGGUUUCGAAGCCACUGAAAAGAUAAAAGAAAAAUUACCAAAAUCCAUACAGUUUAUUAGUAAAAAGUUGGUAAAAAACAUAUUAGAUCAUGAUUUGGAUGUUAUUAACAAGAAACAAAACCAUCACAAACCAAAGUGGAAGAUAAGGAGUAACAAGAAUAGAUUUGAUGUUUGUCACUAUAAAGUCGGCGAAAGACUUAAAGGAAGAGUUUCUGAAGUCUUCCCAACCUAUGCCCUGGUUGACAUCGGGAGCACAAAAUUCGGGGUUUUACAUGCCAGGGACAUUAGUUUGGGCUGGGUAGACAGAGUGGACCUGACUUUAACUCCCAAAGAAGAUCUUGACGUGUAUAUAAAGUCAAUUAACCCUGAAUAUAAAACAAUUAAACUGUCCUUAAUUCCGCCCUCAGAAACUAGAAAAUCACUUAAGGACAGAAAACUCUUAACGCAUUAUCAAAUUGAAGAUGUUGUGGAGGGCGUGGUUGUUCGCAAGUCUCCUCUUGGCUGUUAUGUUGAUAUUGGCGCUAACGUAGACGCUUUUCUGCACAGAAGUGACUAUAAAAUAACUGAAAGAAUGAGAAAGAGCCCAAUAGGUAAAAAUUACUUUAAUAAAGAUAGGUAUCAAAUCGGCAGCAAGCUGGAGAAUUUGUAUAUUAAAUCAAUUGACAUUUUAAAAAACAGAAUUGGUUUAUCUGAGAAUACAUUUUUUGAAGAAUUAGAAAGAAAUGUGAUAACUGGCAAAGAAACUCAUGAGCAGCAAUCUUCAUAUCUCAGAGACUAUAAGUUGGAUUUUAUGAAGGAGCUUAGAGUAAGAGAUAUUGAGAAUAUGAAGGCGAUUGGAGGAUACGACGACUACUUAAAAGGACUUAAUGCAAACAGAAACGCAUCGAUUGAUUACUUACUAUACUUAGAAAAUCUACAAGAGCAAAGGAAGAUUAAAGAAGAGCAGAAGAAACUGUUUAAGGACUUGAGCACCAAACAAAAAAUAAAUCGAGACAAAGACUACUUUAACAAGUUAACACACAAGUUGUGUGACUUGGACAAGUGUGCAUAUGAACCUUCAAAUGACGAAAAAUCCAUCUACAAAUAUGGCGACAAUAAAGUUUGGACUUCAAAUAUAUACACGCCCUUCAAUUUCUCAAAUAAUAAAUCAACUGAUUCUGACAAAGUAGUUGGAGAAGUUGGUAAUGAAACUGAGAACGGUGUGGAACAGAUCAAAUCUAAUCAAAACGAUAAUACGAACGUUAACAUAAAGUACUUUAAAACACUCAACGAUGAAAUAGUUGGUGGUCUUAAGGAUGUUCAGGGCGAAAAUUUUAACUUGAAACAAAGGUACGAAGCUGUCAAUAGGUACGAUGAGCCUUACAAAAUGAUCGAUUACUUGUAUGAACAGUUCCACCAAAAGCCCAGUAAACUCUCAGUACAAACAGAUAAAUAUGAAUACAAAAGAGGUUACAUUCAUCCGUCAAUAGCUGAUACCAGCACACUCAACACUGACACUAACACUAACACUAACACCAAUAGUAUGGAUGAUGGUGGUAAUUUGGUGGACAAACUGGAGUUUUCAAGCGAGAACAGUAAAAGGUAUGAAAACGUUUUAAAGAGAGAGAAGUUGAUUAAAGAGUUCCUGAGUAGUGAUGAUCCUGACCUGGUAGAGGUGGGAGAAAUGCUCAAUGAAACGAAAAAUUUUGACCCUUUUAAGCACUGUCGAACGCUUAAAGAAUCAGAGGAAUCAGCGAUAACAGGAGCUAGAAACUUGUUCCAAGACGAUGUUCUGCAGUGGAAUGAUAGAUUUUGUAACCUUAUUUCAGAAAACCCAGAGUUGAUUCCUGAUCCAGAGUCAGAUAUUAAUGACGAAAAUUCUGCUAAGGAUGAGUCUGAACCCGUGGAUUCCUCCCUGGAAGAAGAAGAAAUCGAGAAUAUUGACCCCAAAGUUCUUAAAGCCCUUGACGAAGAUGAAGAUGAAUUCACAACUCCUUUUAUUCAGGGUAUGCACGGUAAUGGGAGUGAUUAUGACAUGUAUAAAGAGGAUCUUGAUACGUUUCCUGAUUUUGACUCGAAUGAACACCAAGAUAAAUCACCAAAAUGCUCAGAAUCUGGAAAGAGGUAUGAAUCAGACAAUUUUAUGGAAUCUUCUGAAGCUCCCGUAGUUUCCAAAAAAUCCACUAAAUUAUCCCUAACUGAGCUUAAAUUGAGAAAGUCACUGGUGAAUAAAGAUGAAAAACUUGAUAUUAAGAGCUUAAUUAAUAAGUUAAAAAAGAACAAGAAACUUGAGAAGGAAAUGUCAACUACUGAUUCUCCUUUGACAACUUUACUCUCAAAAAUUUCCGAAAACACCCCUGAACAGCAUCAAAACAAAGCGAUUCAAAUUAUUAACGAAAUUAAAAACACAGUUCACAGCAUUACCAAUACUACUACUAAUAUAACCAAUAAUAUUGACACGAAUAGUACUAUUGGCACGACGGAUAACUCUGUUUUCACUAGUGACCAGGUGCCUAACACUGGUAACUCUUCGGAGAGUGUUGAGAACUUUGAGACUGUGAACGAUUAUAUAGUUUCAACGUUGGAUAAACAGGAGGGUUUGGAUAAUUUAUUAGAGGAAUCUGGACCGGAUGACGAUUUGGAGCCUUUUGAUAAUAAAAAUGAUCUUAAACUAUUGAUUAAAUUCGCCAAAACCCAGUUAACACCUAAAGACUAUCAUACUAUAGAAAGGUUGACAACGAAUGAGAACGAGUACUCAGAGAAUAGGAUUAUGAACGAGCUUAAGAGCUGUUACGGCAGAGAAAACAAAGGAAAAAAGUCCAAUCACACAUAUUAUGAAGAGGGUUACGACCAAUAUCUUUACAAUUUACAAAAUUUGGAGAAAAGGGCAGAUAAUUCAAGGAAGGUGCAUGAAAUGAACUACAAAUUUAAAAUUCUAAUGAAGAACAAACGUUUCAUAAACAUGCUUAAGCGUUUGAACGUUGAUAAAAACACUUUAAGUAUUAACAAUAUCACCGAGUUAUUACCUCAGCAGUUCCACUUUCAGCGAUUAACGCCAACUACUCAACUAACAUAAUUUAAAAA